UCGUAUUCGUUCUCGUACCCGAAUCUAAAGCACUCUAUUAAAACAAUCGUUGGCAAGGGAGCGGCCACGGAGAAAAAAUAUCUUGGUGGCCUCUAUUUACAGAGCAGCUUGGAGAGGAGGUUGUAUGAAGUGAAAAAAUGAGACGAAGAAGACAAAGAUUACUAUCUCUUUUGAUAAUACUAGUCCUCAUGGGGCUUUAUGUACACAUAAAUUUAAAAAGAUAUUCUUACUACACAAACCAGUUCUGGAAACCUGUUGUUUCGUGCAAAAACAGGGAAGAAGAAAUUAAUGCUCUACUAGACCUUACGUAUCAAAUCCACACGAUUUUAGAUGAAAUGAAAGUAUGCCAUUGGCUGAUGUAUGGCUCCAUAUGGGGCGCCCUGCGGAUCGGCAGACCCCUUCCAUGGGACAAUGAUGUGGACAUUGGAUUUGAUGGAGAAGGAAUAUUUGCAGAUAUGACCUUAAAUGAAUUUAUUGCUCCCUUCAAAGCUGCAAGACUUAGCGUGAAAAACAAAUGGACUCAGAGUGGAACUUUUGUCAUUUCAAAAGAGGGUCUGUGGUUAUCUGUAGAUUUAUUUGCAUACUACAAUCAUGGAGGAGUUAUGAGAAGAAGAGGAUUAGAGUCUUGGAUUUUUGCUUUGAAUUAUCGCAUUCAUCACUCCUUUCCUGCCAAGCUAGUUGAACCAGAACUUCCUCAAACAAAGUUUGGAUUCUUCAAUAUCUCAAUUCCUAAAGGAGGAAUUGAAAUUAUGAAGCACCUAUACCCUUAUAACUGGUGGAAAGUAGUUCCCCCAGCUGGAUGUUGAGCAUACAAGUUAACAUGGGAAAAUGUUUGUCCUACUUGAACCAUUUACACCAGACAUCAGAGUGAAAAAUCUCCAUAGACUUAUCUGUAUAUUUCAUAUGGUAUUAACAAGGAGAAUUUGUAAUCAAGAGCUUCCCUUGAGUUGGCAAUUUUAUUAUUAUUAUUAUUAUUGUGUCCCUAAUGUUUGAAUUAGCAAUGAUACUUCAAGGAGAGAUUAGGAAGUAGUCAUUCUUUAGGGUAAAAGGUUAAUGAUUUCCUCUCCAGGGUAGAUUUUGUGUUUUACAUUGGCAGUGUGGCUGGGUGGUUAGGGUGCUGGUCUGGUAAUCUGGUGGUCUAGGAUUAAGCCCUCCACCCUGCUACUCAGUGGAUUUGUUCUUGAUUGUUCCAGUUCAACUCCUUGGCUGCACUUUCUACUUUUCCGACUGUUCUGUCUCCAGCAAGUUGAGAUUUUUAAAAUAUUUUGUUCAUUUACAAUGUUUUUUACAAUUUAUUGGUAUUGGGCCCAAAAAGCCCAUUGGUGGAGGGGUCAGUUGAUCUAAUUUUUUUUAGUGAGAAAGAUUGAAAAAAAAAAUCUCUAAAAUCGCUAUUCCAUAAUAAUAAU